CGCCGUCCGAAAAUCCUUUGGUCUCUCUUCAGUCUCGCCCUAGCUGCACUCGCUUUUCUCACCGUCCAUGCCGUAUCUGCCUAGCUCAUUAUCGGCUUCCGCCUUCUCUGUACGCAGAUCAAAUUUCCCCGGAUCAUUCCCUAAUAGCUGUAAGUUAGCAUUAACGACACUUGCCCACUUGAAUUCAACCACUUUCGCGGACGACAGCCAACUCAGUUCUUGUGACGAAGCUGUAUCAUCCUCGUCUGAUUGCUAUAGGGAUUCUCCUUCAGUACACAAUUCCUUUGAGAUAGAUACGUUCAAGGUGGUUGAAACAUUGAACUGUUUGCUAAGAGAGCCCGCCCUUGCAUUGUCCUUCUUUCGUCAAGUGAAGGAACAAGGUUUCCAACAUAAUAUCUCAACCUAUGCGGCACUGAUUAGAAUUUUAUGUUAUUGGGGCUUGAGUAGGAAAUUGGAUUCUUUGUUUGUGGAUCUCAUUGCUCUUUCUAAAGAGUGUCCAGCUUUUGAAAUUGAGGAUUUGUUGGAAGAAGUGUUGGAUGGUUUUGGGGUUGAAGGGAAUCGGCACUUGCUCAGAGCUUUUAAUGCAUUAGUGAAAACAUAUGUCAGUGUUAACUUGUUUGAUGAAGCUAUCGAUUUUUUCUUUAAAACUAGAAGACGUGGGAUUAUUCCACACAUAUUUACUUGCAACUUCCUCAUAAAUCGCUUGGUUAAUCAUGAUAAGGUGGAUAUGGCCUUUGCCAUAUACAAGCAACUCAAAAGGCUAGGUUUAAGCCCAAAUGAAUAUACAUAUACGAUUGUAAUCAAGGCACUAUGUAAGAGAGGUAAAUUGGAAGAAGCCGUUGAUGUGAUGCAAGAAAUGGAGGAAGCUGGGAUGCCUGUCGGUUCCUUUUGUUUUUCAACUUAUAUAGAAGGCUUAUGCACCCAUCAUAGACCUGAUUUGGGAUAUCAAGUGCUUCAAACAUGGAGAAAGGCCUAUGGCCCAAUUGAUAUGUUUGCUUACACUUCUGUUGUUCGUGGAUUUUGUAAUGAAAUGAAAUUAGAUGAAGCUGAGAGUGUUUUCCUUGACAUGGAAAAUCAAGGGUUGGUUCCUGAUGUAUUUUUUUAUAGUGAAUUGAUUCGGGGAUACUGCAAAAGUGGGAAUCUGCAGAAAGCUUUAGCCCUGCAUGAUGACAUGAUUUCAAAGGGCAUAAAAACAAAUUGUGUGAUUGUUAGCUGCCUCCUCCAUGGCUUGUGUAAGGUGGGAAGGAAUUUGGAUGUGGUGGAUCAAUUUGAAGAAUUUAAAAAAUCUGGAAUGUUUCUUGAUGCAGUGGCCUACAAUGUUGUGUUAGAUGCCUUGUGUGAACUGGGAAAAGUAGAUGAUGCAAGAGAACUUUUAGAGUAUAUGAAACUUAGGAAUAUGGUUUUAGAUAUUAAACACUACACGACCGUUAUUAGAGGGUACUGUCUACAGGGUAAAUUGAGUCCUGCCUUUAACAUGUUUGAAGAAAUGAAGGAAAGGGGUUUAAUGCCUGACAUUGUAACUUAUAAUGUACUAGUUUCUGGAUUGUCUAGAAAUGGCCAUGUUUAUGAAUCAAUGCAACUUUUAGAUUAUAUGGAGACUCAAGGAGUCGAGCCAAAUUCUGUUACACACAAGAUGAUCGUUGAAGGCUUGUGUUCAGGAGGCAAGGUUGAAGAAGCUGAGGCUUUUUUGAACAGUCUAGAAGAUAAAAGUGUUGAAAUCUAUUCUGCCAUGAUAGAUGGAUAUUGUGAAGCAAACUUUCUCAAAGAAGCUUAUGAACUCUAUCUUAGGCUGUCAAACGAAGGAAAUGUUGUAGAAAAAGAUUCCUGUUUUAAGCUACUAUGUAAACUAUGUGACGAAGGUGACACUGAUCGAGCUAUAGGAUUACUGAAGACACUGUUGUUAUUGAAUGUGGAACCUAGCAAAAUAAUGUAUUGCAAAGUUAUAGCUGCCUUGUGCCAGGCUGGGAAUAUGAAAGUGGCCAAUUCUUUGUUUGAUAUUUUUGUUGAGAGAGGAUUUGCACCUGAUGUUAAAACCUACACACUAAUGAUAAAUAGUUAUUGUAAGAUAAAUUGCUUACAAGAAGCCCAUAAUCUCUUCCGGGAUAUGCAGCAUAGAGGGAUCAAACCUGAUGUCAUCACCUAUACAGUUUUACUUGAUGGGCACUUGAAAUCAAAUUUAAGAAAGAAAUCCUCCCUGGGUUGUAAUAAUAGCAAGACAGAGAUGUUGGACGUUUCUACCAUUUUGAGGGAGAUGCAGAAGAUGGAGACAAAACCAGAUGUUGUUACUUACACUGUUUUGAUUGAUGGACACUUGAAGGCAAAUAACCUUCAGGAAGCCAUUAUGUUCUUGUAUGAAAUGAUUGUCGAUGGGCUAGAGCCAGAUACCGUGACAUAUAUGGCUCUUGUUUCUGGCUUCUGUAAUAGAGGGGACAUGGAUAAGCGUGUUAUGCUUCUUAGUGAGAUAUUUUCUAAUGGAGUUGCACUAGACCCACAUAUUAUCUCAGCUUUGAAACGUGGCAUUCUAAAAGCUAAAAAAUUGAAAUUCCAUAAGUAAGUCCUUUUAGACUCACUAUGUGGACAAAAGGUUGGAUGGCAACUUGUGGCUUUUCUAUCAGCAACAAAUUGAGGAGGGAGAGCUUGCUGGAGUUUCUAUCAAGUGCUUUGGAAUGCCAUCCUGUUUGAAAAGGCACUUUGGUUGGAGUGACUUUUUGAAGAGGAGGAGCUAGAGUUUUGCAAGUCUUUAACUCUUCGGCAGGAACACCUGGAGUCGCUGCCUUUCAAAUGCUUGCUCAUAAGGUCCCUGGUAAAGGAUCUUGCAAAAUGAAACAAGAAAAGAUCUGAAGCAAUUUCAAGAAGAAUUGAAGAUGGAGAACAUAAAAGAGCUCCAAUAUCCUGUCCUGUUUGUGGACAAAAUGAUGGAGUCUGAAACUCAUUGAGAGACACCCUGUCUUGUCAUGGCCGUGUUGAUCCAUGGUAUACUUCAGACCUUCGGGGCUAAUAGUUUCUUAGCUCUUGCUAUGGGCAUACAAAUUAAAAUUUGCUCGAGUAGGAAAGCAAAGUAUACUUUCAUUUCAUGAUAUAUCAAAUCAAAGUUUAUUUUUGGGGGAAGAAUUGACUAAUGAGAACUGAUUUUGAAAGGUUCUGUGUUGUAAAAUUCAGCCUUUUGUCUGGAAAUAUGACUUGUGCCAGAUAAUAUUAUUUUUGUUUCAGAUUUGGUUGGAUGAAACCACUUUGGAAAGGACCGGAAGCAAGGUCUUGCCAAAAUCACUUUGGAAAUCAUUUUUGAGUGUAAAACGGUAAUUUUGGUAUGCCCUGAAUGUCAGAAGGCUUUUGGAGUUGGAAGUUUUAUGCAUCUUGGUGAUUAUAUUUUAUUUUUUUGCGAACACUCAUAGAAGGAUGUGGUUAUGCAAAUAAUGGGUUGUAUAUGAUUAAGCAGCCAUUGAAAAUAACUUCAAACAUUAGAAUUAUUUUGAAUCAUUUGUAUCAUGGCUUGAGUAGCUUCCCCUCUUAUUCUGACCCUUUUUUCACUUCUGAUAAUAUGUUGAUGCAUUGUCUCUUUUUUCUUCCAGUGACUGAGGUCCUCACUGUUGAGAAGGAUCUUCCUGGGGCUCGACACUCUUUCAGAGAUGUCCUGUGAAUCCUUAUCAUAGAUGCUGAGGGCUAUGCACUUAAGUCAUAUCUAUUGGGAGAGAGGUUGUUUUACUCUUGGUUGGCCGUUGGUUUUUGAUUAGGGAGAAUUAUGUUUAGAGUUGUCAUUUUGCCUAAGACAACAGGGGUUAUUUCCAUAUGGAUGUGAGCCGCUGGGACUCAAGCUGCGGUAUUCUAUAGAAUAUAUGGCACAGAAACAGAAAAGAAGAACUUUUCGGAAGUAAAACGAUGUUAUUCUCAAAUUUUGAUGUGCGUUACAGUGGAAGAAGGUGGACCUAUUUAUACUGUCAAGACUCUGAACGGAAGCAGAAGAGUGAAUGGGGGUUACAGAGGUUACAAGAGUUACAGCAGACUUUUAUUGGAAAUGGAAACAUUAUUCUUGCAACGGACGUAGGUAACGGAGGCGUUGGCGGUGCUCUAUUGUGGCCGCUAAAACGGUAGCUGCUGAAUGGUGCUCCUAUUCUGUUUCAAUAUACGACCAAUGAAUCUGAUUCUCAAUUGUUAAUAGACCUUAUAGCAUUUAAUAUUUUAAUUAUAUUAUGGGAGACUUGGGUGUAAUUCUCCCUUUUGAUUA